UCGUUAUCGGUCCAAAGCCAGGAACUCGAGACGCCGAGGGAGGGAUGUUCCACGCGAGGGAAAGUAUAACAUCUGUUGGUAGAACUCCUCAGUCCCUAUAAGGAAUUCGAGGAACGUGAGAUCUCUAUGGCACCAACGGCGAUGGUGUUAGUGCGCAUUAUAGUAGGGAAGGUGGCCAAUGCCACACGGCUGAAUUCGACACUGAGAUCCACUCCUAUCAAAGGAGGACAGCCGGGUUGGAACUGUGUCGUGUGGGUGAAGGAUGCAUUGGAAGCGCUGGAAAAGAAUGGAAGAGCCUUGGGAACCUCAAACACCGACUGGAGUACCAUCCGUGACACAGCGAUGCACUAUGUCGAGGGGAAGAAAGCGCAGCAUCGAUUUGACGGCAAGGGCAACUUUGAUUUGUCAAAGGUAGCGACUUGGGACAUGCUCGAAAGAAAGGAGUUGGUUCCGUAAUCUGCAAUUCGAUCGAAUGGAGAGACACUUGUUCAGAAGAGGCCAAAAUACUUUCGUCGAAUCGUAUCCAUCUUCCGAGCAUAAGGCAAAGGAGCUAGGAACUUGUCUACCUCCUCCUGCCAGAAGCUGUUCUGAGGAUUGACAUUCCAGGCAGUAACGUAUUCCCAGUAGGAUGGAAGCCAGCCCGCAGUCUCCCAGUCGAUAAUCGCAACUAUGCUGUCC